CCAACCAUGAGUACAAUCGCUAUCCACCAGACUUGCUCACAGCACUGCUCUCCGCUACAAUGCGUGUUGUGAGAGGCGCUGAUUGGCGCUAUGGCAACCAAGAUGGAGGACCCGGGACAGUGGGGACAAUUGUGCUGAUUCCGACUCCAGGCUACGUGAGAGUACGCUGGGACAGUGGUAGAACGUUCGACUAUCGCAUGGGCGCGUCCCGUGCUUAUGACCUGUAUCUAUUUGCUGGACGAGUACCAAGCACCACUGAAUGCUCUGACCCAGGCAUCCCGCAGUUUGGAUCUCGGGAUAAUGAUGGCCCAUUCUUGGUGGGGCAACGUGUGUUCGUGACCUGUGAUCCUGGGUACAGACUGGUCUCUGGUCGGGAUAGCUAUAUUGUAUGCCAGCCAGGACUGACUUGGUCUGAUGCAUUACCCCAGUGUGCUCCUAGCGUAUGUCAAGAUCCCGGCACUCCAUCGAACAGCCAGCGCAUUCCAUUGACCGUGCCAACCGGAGGAUUCAGAAUUGGCUCAGCUGUAGUAUAUUCAUGCCUGUCUAACUUUCAACUGCGCGGCACAGCUCAGCUCAUCUGCUUACCAAACUUCCAGUGGUCCGCGGAUCCUCCAGCCUGUUCCAAUCAGUGCGCAGAUCCAGGAAUGCCGGUCAAUGGAAUGCGCAACGGCAACUCGUUUGCUGUUGGCAGUGUUGUCUCGUUCGUAUGCCAGCCAACAUACCGACUCGUCGGCUCAAGUCAAAGACGCUGUGGUAGUGAUUUACAAUGGACGGGCAGCCAACCACAGUGUGCAGCUCUGAGCCGCUGCGCAGACCCAGGAGUGCCUAGCCAGGGUAGUCGCACACCCUCAGUGGCAAGCAACACCAUAUUCUCUCCUGGAGAUCGUGUCCUCUACAAAUGCGGUGCCGGCUAUGAGCUGCUUGGAGCUAUUAUGCGUGUGUGCCAAGAGGACAGGUCCUGGUCCAAUGAACAGCCAACAUGCAGACGAAUCUGCUGUAAUGAUCCUGGCCGUCCAGACAAUGCACGGCGUUCUGGUUCGCAGUUCUGCUUCAACGAUGUAGUGGAGUUUUCCUGUUUGAGUCCAUUCCAGCUGGUCGGUGCCGAGACCAUCACAUGCCAGAGUGACGGAUCUUGGUCUCACGCCCUGCCACUUUGUGUUACAUCCUUCAGCCCAUACUGUGCACGGCCGUGCAGUCCACCGCAGGGUUCUUUCACUGGUGACCAGUUUAUUGUGGGUGCACGCGUUCAGUACUCCUGCAACAGAGGCUAUAGCUUGGACGGUGCAAGAGAAAGAAGAUGUCAGGAGAACCUGGAAUGGUCCAGAUCAUGUCCACAAUGCAAGCGUACUGACUGUGGUGACCCGGGCCGACCAACCAACGGCAUAAUCGAGGGCAGCACGUUCACGUUCAACUCAGUUGUUCAGUUUUCCUGCCGGUCGGAGUAUGUUCUCACCGGGUCUGCUGUAAGGCGAUGCUUGGAGAACGGCUCUUGGAGUAACCAACAGCCUACAUGCCAAGAGAGGGCACAAGGUGAAUGCCCACAGCCGGUCGGCUUUGGUGUAUGUGCAGAAUUGUGCUCUGUGAACAGUUCACUGGGCUGUCCACUAUCACAGCGUUGCUGCAGCAACGGCUGCGGCCAUAGCUGCCAGACACCAUGCCCGGAUAACAACUGCAGGACGAUAUGUCCCAGUGGAUUCGAGCUGGAUGCGCGCGGCUGUAAGAUGUGCAUUUGCAAACUACCCGUACCAUGCCCUGACCCUGGUGUUGUAUCGUUUGGCUCACGUCAAACCAAUGGCUUCCAGAUCUCGUCCACAGUGGUGUACGAGUGCUAUGCUGGCUAUGAGCUGCAGGGUUCCGAUACACUGACAUGCCAGCCUGAUUCAACGUGGGACAAUCCCAAACCGACGUGCGAGCCUGUUCAAUGCCCAGCACUGAGUCUUCCCAAUGGCCUCUUGAACCCGGCCAGUCCUAGCAACUCAUUUGGAACUAGUAUCAGGUUCUCGUGCACAGACGGGUAUCGCCUUACAGAUGGUGACACAGUGCGGACAUGUCGGGGUAAUGGACAGUGGAGCGGCCGACUACCCAGAUGUGUUCUUGAAGAGUGUCAAGCACCACCGGUACUGGACAAUGGCAGCCGAUUGUAUCAGACUACAACAGUUGGCAGCCGUGUGACGUGGCAGUGCAACCCAGGUUAUGUGUUAGCUGGACAGCCAGUCAGUGUUUGUAGCAUCGAUAGGACCUGGACACCAGCUACACCGCGAUGCCAAGUAUCAAAUCCCUGUAAUAGUGUACAGUGCCAGCGAUUCCAGGAGUGCGUCGAGUUUGAAGGCCGCGGAGUGUGUCGCGAUACCUGUUCAUCUGGUCGGUGUUUGAUGAACGAGACGUGCAGUCUCCUGGAGGUACAGUGUGUGACCACACCUUGUUUCCCAGUGGCUCAGUGCUCACCAAUGGAUCCUUGCCUAUUACCGGCUGAGCCUGGUCCGUGCCGUGCAACGAUUCCUCGCUAUUACUAUGAUGACAACCGUGGGGAAUGCGUGCCUUUCACUUAUGGAGGUUGUCGUGGGAAUGCCAACAACUUUGCAUUGGAAGCUCAAUGCAGGAGGCAGUGUGUCAAUGCCGUUUGCCAGUCUCCCCAACAGCGUGGGUCGUGUGGUCAACAACUCCCUCGCUACUACUUUGAAUCACGAACGCAGACUUGCCUCAGUUUCACCUACAGCGGCUGUGGUGGAAACUUCAACAUCUUUGCCUCCGAAGAAGCUUGUUACAAGCGAUGCAAAAUCACGUGCAUUGACCCCGGCACUCCGGCAAAUGGCCAGCGGGUUGUGUUCCCUGCUAAUAGCAACUUUGAGCCCCGGACGUACAUCACAUUCAGCUGCUCACCUGGAUACCGUCUUGUCGGCAUACCGAUAAUAUCUUGUCUUGAGAAUGGCUCCUUUUCCGCACCACCACCAAGCUGUCAACAGGCUACCUGUCCUGACCCAGGGCAAGUGGUGAACGCAGUACGAAGUCAGUCGUCGUCUGCUCUGACUGUCUCCAGCACAGUAACCUACACGUGCUCUGUUGGAUUUGACAUUAGUGGUACGACGACAAGAACGUGCCAGCCAUCACGACAGUGGACAGGAAGCCCUCCAGUGUGCAUAGCUCGCCGUUGUCCAGAUCCCGGUACUCCGACAAACGGCCGUCGUGACGGCGACAACUUUGCAGUUGAGCAAACCGUUCAGUACGUCUGCGACAGCGGGUAUCGGCUGGUGGGUGCUGAUCGACCUGUGUGCCUACCCACCGGACAGUGGUCUGAGGAACUACCAACCUGCAUAG